AUGUAUGUCUCCGGCGGAGCAGCAGCAACGACCGCGGCGGCGGCGGCGGAGCUGGCCACCAGUGGCAGCCUGCCAGCAGGCGCUUCUCCGAGGGAUCCUCGCCAGCCGCCGCCUCCAGCCUGCGCAGAUUACGCCACCUCCAGCCUGCUCCGCUACGGAGAAUACGCCACCUCCAGCCGGCGGAGCAGCAACAACGACCGCGGCGGCGGCGGCGGAGCUGGCCACCUGUGGCAAGCUGCCAGCAGGCGCUUCUCCGAGGGAUCCUCGCCAGCCGCCGCCUCCAGCCUGCUGCGCUACGGAGAAUACGCCAUCUGCAGCCGGCGGAGCAGCAACAACGACCGCGGCGGCUGCGGCGGAGCUGGCCACCAGUGGCAGGCUGCCAGCAGGCGCUUCUCCGAGGGAUCCUCGCCAGCCGCCGCCUACAGCAUGCUCCGCUACGGAGAAUACGCCACCUCUAGCCGGCGGAGCAGCAACAACGACCGCGGCGGCAGCGGAGCUGGCCACCAGUGGCAAGCUGCCAGCAGGCGCUUCUCCGAAGGAUCCUCGCCAGCCGCCGCAUCCAGCCUGCUCCGCUACGGAGAAUACGCCAUCUGCAGCCCGCGGAGCAGCAACAACGACCGCGGCGGCGGCGGCGGCGGCGGAGCUGGCCACCAGUGGCAAGCUGCCAGCAGGUGCUUCUCCGAGGGAUCCUCGCCAGCCGCCGCCUCCAGCCUGCUCCGCUACGGAGAAUACGCCAUCUGCAGCCCGCGGAGCAGCAACAACGACCGCGGCGGCUGCGGCGGAGCUGGCCACCAGUGGCAGUGGCGCCAGCCGUAG